AUGCACCCUGAGGAAUCAGUCCAGACGGGAAUACCCAGGGAUGCUCAGGUCUACGAAGAGACUGCCGUGGGCCAGGAAGGACGAACCAUGUUCAAGGGCAUGAAGAUGCUCACUUCCCUGGGGUUCCUAUUUGCUGCCCUCUCUUUGGCAAGAUGUAUCCCUAUCCCCGUGCAGCAGGCACCCAACGGCAGGAAAGUCCUCCUGGUGUCCUUUGAUGGCUUUCGGUGGAACUACGACCAGGACGUGGACACUCCCAACCUCGACGCUAUGGCUGCGGAGGGGGUGAAGGCGCGGUACAUGACUCCUGCCUUUAUCACCAUCACCAGCCCGUGCCACUUCACGCUGCUGACCGGGAGGUACCUGGAGAACCACGGGGUGAUUCACAACAUGUGGUUCAACACCAGCACGGGUCUGAAGCUGUCCUACCACAGCACGCAAGGCGUGGACAGCUGGUGGGACAACGGCAGCAUGCCAAUCUGGCUAGACGGGCGAGAACAGGGUUUAAAGACAGGCUCUAUCUAUUUCCCUGGAGGAAAAGCAAAAUAUCAAGGGGAAGAGGUGAAUAUGAAGUUGGUGGAGCCACCCUUGUUCAACUACAGCAACGAAACCAACUGGAGAGAGAACAUUGACACCGUCAUGGAAUGGUUCACAGUGAACAACCUCGACUUCAUCACCCUCUACUUCGGUGAGCCAGACUCAGCAGGACACAAGUACGGCCCUGAAUCCCCAGAGAGGAAAAACAUGGUCAAGCAGGUGGACCGAACCAUCGGUUACUUGAGGCAGCGUAUCCAGGAAAGCGGCCUCGAAUCAAACCUCAGCCUCAUCAUCACAUCCGACCACGGCAUGGAGACUGUCAUAAAGACCAACGAGAUUUACAUCCAGACAGUAGCGAACUUCACAUUCAAAGACAUCCAGUUUGAACUCUUAGAUUACGGACCAAAUGGACUACUGGUGCCAAAAGAAGGAAAAUUAGAGCAUGUGUAUUCAGUCCUGAAAAAUGCCCACCCAAACUUACACGUGUACAAGAAAGCCGACUUUCCGAGGAGAUUCCACUACGCCAACCACUCCCGGAUCACCCCGCUGCUGUUGUACGGCGAUCCAGGAUACGUGAUCCAUGGG